CGACGCGGAGCAAUGCGGCGACUGUAUGUUGGUGGGUUGAGCCACUUGAUCACCGAAAAGGAUCUGAAAGAUCGAUUUGGAAAGUUUGGUAAAGUGGAAGAUGUGGAGCUCAGGACGAGGAAGGACGAGGACGGUGUUCCUUACAAAACCUUUGGCUAUAUCAACAUUGACAUUUCAGAUGUUGACCUGAAGAAAUGUUUGACAGUUCUGAACAAAUCCAAAUGGAAAGGAGGAACUCUGCAGAUUGAAAUGGCCAAGGAGAGUUUCCUUCACAGGUUGGCUGAGGAGCGACAGGCAGCAACAGAGCAGUGCCUUAAGCCACCUAAAGCUGAGGACAAGCGACAGAAGCUGCUGGACUCUCUAAGCAAAGCUGGUGUGGAAAACUUCACCAUGAAGGCUGCGGUGCCCGGAACUGAAAUAGCAGGGCACAAGGACUGGAUAGUCAGUAAAUUUGGACGAGUCCUCCCUGUCCUGCAGCUCAGAUGUCAGAAAGGCAACAAAGCUCGAACUCUAAAGUAUGAUCCGUCCAAAUACUGCCACAAUAUUCGUAAGCUGGACCGGGAUGCAACAGUCGAGCCCACACCUGUGACCCAGCUCACAUGGGAGGUACAGGGAGGAGAUGAUGACAUCAGCAAGAAGAGGCGGGGAGAGUUCCCUCCAUAUCAGCCUCCAAGACCCAAGAAGAGUCGAACAAAUGUGGUUAACUCUUGUAAUACUGCGGCUAAAACCAAACCUUCUCAGAUUGUUGAGGCUGUCAAUCCCACUGAGGCUCAUCGUUUCAAAAAUGGAUUUCUCCAAUCAACCAACCAAAGAGCAACUCACAGGAGGGGGGCAUAUUUGAAUGACGGUGACGUUGAUUCUGACGAGGAGAUCCGCAGGCUGGUGGAGGCUCAGCAGAUAUCCCAUAGUGCACUGCAACAGGUGUCUGAGGAUGAUAACCUGGAAGUAGUUGGAUUCGAUUACUUGAAGUCAGGAAAGAAAGGUAGGUCAGAAGAUAAAAAUGAGGAUGACUAUGAUUCUGCAGACACAGAUGAACUGUUUGCAUCAAGAAAACCACCUCCACCACCACCACAGAAGAAAUCAGCUCCACCAAUACCAGAACAGCUCACAGAGAAUAACACAGACCGAAGAAAAAAAAGACUGAAGAGGAAAGGUAAAGCUGGAGGCCAAGAGGAAGAUGAGGAGGAUUUAUUGGAUGCUGAUGAAGACCUCACAUGCUGGAAAUCUUCAACCACAGUGCAGAGAAGAGAUGCUUCUAAACAGAAUUGCCAGACAAAAGGUGGCAUUUCUGAAAAACAAAGUAAUGAAAUGGCAGACCUCCCUUUGUCAGAAUCUGACUUUAGUGAUGAUGAGGAUGAAGAUGAGGAGGAAUUAGAUUCAGAUGAUUCCUGUUCAGAUUCUGAUUAUGAAGGUAUGUUUUCUAAUGUCACCCAUCUGGAGAUCUCUCUGGCUGAUUUACAGAGGCUGGCUGAGGAAAACCAAGAGACCUCUGAUACUACAGCUCCCAGCAUCCUCAGCACCGGUCUCGAACAGAAAACCAACCUCCCAUCUGGUCCCACAGAGCAACCAGCUCCCAAGAAAGGCACGUUGCCAGAAGACAUCCUGGCUGCCAUUCUGGAAGACAACAGCAGUGAGGAUGAACAGGGAAGGAAGAAGGGGAAAAGAAAAGGUGUCAUAACAUCGCUGCCUGCCUUUCAGGGUACGAGAGCACUGAACCAGGGAUUAGACGAGUUCAUGAAGGCACAGAAAGAGCAGGAUGAAAGAAGAGAUGUCAAAAAACAGAAACUAGACUCUGCUGCUCAGCUGAACCCCAGAGCAACAACCAGCGGAACCACCAACCAACAAAAACACACAGAAACUAAGAAGACGCCAGAGAGCAGGCAUAAAGAUAUGGAAGAGCAGAAGAGAAAGGGAGAUGUGGUGAAAGACAUGCCUGCUACUAAAGGCUUAAAAGGAACUCCAUCUGAAGCUGAGACUGUUUCCUCCUCGAGCAACAGUAGUAGUGAUGAUGAUGGUGAACAUGGUGAUGAGAAGGAAGGCGGGAAGUCCCUUCAGGCUGCUGUUACAGCUAAAGCUUCACUUUUAUCCUCCAGCUCUUCCUUUGAGGAAGAUGAGGAAAAAUCUACUCAAGAUCCUGUGAAAGCUGCACCCUCCACUGCCUCUGACAGUGACUCUUUCUCCAGUGAUGAAGAUGAGAAAGAAGAGCACAGUCUUCCUCGCGUGUCAUUAAAAGCUGAGGAUGAAGAGGAGCAGCAGAGGAAGGCUAACAUGAGGAGGCUGGCCGCCGUCCAGCAGAGACAGAAAGAAGCUGAAGAACACAAGAAGCUCAUCCAGGGAGCCUUGGCCAACCCGGAUGCCCAAAAAGCAGGAGCAGGGAAACACAUAGUCUUCGGCUCUGAUGAUGAGGAUGAUGAGGAGGAGGUGGAGACAACGUCAGAGAUCUCUACAUCAAAGAAGCCCCUCUUUCAGGAAGGCCAAUCAGACGACGAUUCCACAAGUGAUGAGGCACCAUCCAAUCAGAACAACAGAAAUAUAGAGAAAGAGCGUCUGAAGCCGUCGGGUCCUCAGCUGUUUGGUGGCAGUGACGCUGAAGAUGAUGGUGAUGAAAAGGAAGAUGGCGGCAGGUUUGACAUAAGGCCCCAGUUUGAAGGUCGAGCAGGACAGAAGCUGAUGGAGCUGCAGUCUCGCUUUGGGACAGACGAGCGUUUCCGGAUGGACUCGCGUUUCCUGGAGGAUGAUGAGAAGAAAGACGAAGAGUCGGAGGGGAAGGACAGUAUGACGCAGGACGAUGAAGCUCUGGAGCAGGAGAGGAAGAAGAACCUGGAUAUCCUACAGAGCGUGCUCGGCAGCAGUCAGCAAACCAGCAGCAAGACUUCCAGCAAAGCUAAGACCUUCAGAGAUGUGUCAAGUCUGCAUUAUGACCCCAGCAAGGAGGAACAUGCUGCGUUUGAGACCACAGCUGAUGAAAGCAAGGAGAGCAAGUCUGCCCGAAAAAAGAAGAGAGAAGAGGCUCAGAAGCUCCCAGAGGUUUCUAAAGAGAUUUACUUUGACGUAUCUGGUGACCUGACGACCAUGUUUGGUCUAACAAAGAGUGAUGUCCCUGGACAAGAAGAGAACACAACCUGGGACCAAGAGAAGGAAGAGGAAGCUGGAGGGCAGGAUGAAGAGCCGACCCUGCUGUCGUCUGCUCCCACGGCUGAUCUCAAUGCAGAUAAAGAGGAGUCAGCUGGAUUUAAAUUUUCAUUCUUUGGAGAUGACACAGAAACAGAAAAUAAACUGACAGCUGAGUACAAGGUGGAGAGCAUCCAGACGCCAAAGGCAUCAUGGCAGCAAGACCCACGUUUCCAAGACAGCAGCUCAGAUGAGGAUGAGGAUGAGCAGGAGGAAGAAGAGGAGCCAACCAGCACUGCCACUAAAAUGAGAGAGGAGGAAAAGGAAACUCCUUCUAAGGUGAAUCUGUUCUUCUUCCACCCUGAGGACAUCAGAUUGACCGAGGGCCCCCGCUUGUUCUGUCGCUCUACUCAGCUGGAGAAUCAGAGGGAACAGUGGGAGGAAAGGAGGAAUGAACUCAGACAGGAGUACCGCAAGAAGCACAAGAACGCCCGGAGGAAGCUGAAGUCCUCCCAGCAGCGCUGAGGAUUAAGGGACAUGAAGUCAAUGUUUCAGUUUGUGUUCUUGAUCUGGAUUAGAAAAUGACUUGACAGAUUAUUUGUGAUCCUUGGUGCCAUUUUUCCUCAGGGAGGAAGACGACAUGGCAGCUAAAGACCACAGAUAUGUUUUAUGUUUUCUGAAUAACUGAUGAAUUUAUAUAUAUGUAAAAUACUGAGAAAUCUUUUGUGGUUAGUGAUCUAUACACCAAUGAACCAUUCAGUUGGAGUCAGCAGCAGAACAAAGAAGCAGAAAUAACUGCAUGAUCAAUAAAAUAUAAAAAUGACUAUGAAA